UGUAGCAUACUUCUUGAAUCCAAGAUUUCAAUAUAGGCGUGGAGUUGGUAGUGAUCCAGAACUACUUCAAGCGGUCCAUGAUGUUUUUGCAAAAUUAGAUCCAACUACUGAAUCACUUGGUCAAUUUGGAAAUGAGCUUGUGCUUUUUCGAGAUGCAAAAAGAGGAUUCGGUGAUCGAGCGGCAAUUGCAGCAAGGUCAACCAUGGUGCCCGCUGAAUGGUGGUUUAUGUAUGGGAAUCAAACACCUACAUUGAGAAAGUUAGCCAUCAAAGUUCUCUCACAAACUGCGUCAUCUACUGCCUGUGAGAGAAAUUGGAGCACGUUUGCUCUCAUCCACACAAAGCAACGAAAUCGUUUGGCUUACUCUCGAUUGGAGCAAUUAGUUUUUUGUUACUAUAAUAUGAGGCUAAAGUUACGCGAUAUGGAGGCAGAAAAUGAUCGAGUUGCUGAAAAAGAUUAUCUUGAUCUUCUUGACAUUUCAGCCGAGGUGGGUGAAGAAGAAGAUAAUCAGUUGUUCCAAUGGGUGAGGCCUAUACAUUUGGAUGACGAAGUUGGAAAUCCCGAUCCACGAAUUGCUGCUCAUGCUCGAGAAUUUGGAGUUAAUGUUGAACGUGUGUUGUCUGAAGAAGUUCACUCUGAAAGUUUUAGCAAAGAUACUGAUGAUUCCCACCAAGAGAUUGACUCCACAAGUGCUGGCCAUAGUAGUAGACCUAGUGCUGCAGGUACUUCUGCUUCUGGUUACGAUGGUUCAAGAGGUGGAACUGAUGAUGGAGGUGAUAAUGCGGAAGGAGAUAUUAAUGAACGUCAACAUAGUCAAUAUCCAGUGGUGUUGUGGGUCUUGACUCUUGAUAGCAAUGGUGAAGGGUGGAAGAAGCUCAAAUUAGUAAAGUAA